AUGACUGAUUCAAUCGCCUUUGGAACUGACCUCAGUCCCGUUGCUUCUGCCGCUUUGAGCAUCGGUGAGGUGGGGAGAUCUCUCUCUUCCGACCAGAAAUUCACCAUCUUGACCAGAACUGGUCACAGUGGGUUGCAAGACCUUGAUGAUCUUCCACCAGAGGCCGCCUACAUGAUCACUGAGGUGGAGGAGUUACCAACCUCUGAGGCUAUGGAGAUUUUGAGGGAGGCCUCCAUCUACCACGACGACGAUGUGAACUUCCCAUUGGGUGCCAUGGAGAAGAUUCGUGAAUUGCUCGAUAAUCACUCCUCUGUUCCUUCUUGA